AUGGCCCCUAAGCAACCAGUUGUGUCCGAGAAGGGGCUCAAGUCACCCCUGUUCUCUCAAGCCAUCAUCCACAACGGCACAGUCUAUGUGAGCGGCAACAUCGGGAUUGAUCCUGCCUCGGGCAAGCUGGUGGAGGGGAGCAUUACAGACCGAACGAAACAAGCACUGGAGAACAUCAAGAACGUGCUUGAGGAGGCCGGAAGCAGCCUGCAGAACAUUGUCAAGAUGAACAUCUUCAUCGUGGACAUGGCGGACUAUGCCGGCAUGAACAAGGCCUUCCUAGAAAUCAUCCCGGACCCGAAACCGGCCAGAACAUGCGUUUGCGUCAAGGAGCUGCCGAUGCAGACUGAUGUUGAAAUCGAAUGCAUCGCCCAUUUGUGA